CGCCUCGUGCCGGGGAGCCAUCGCUGCAGCCCGAGGUCGGGUCCCGGGUCGGGGGCUGCAGGGGGAGGCGACGGCGGCGGCGGCGACGGCGGGAGCCCCACCGGGGGCCUGGGACUGGGGAACUGCCUCCGGCUUCACGUGAUCAUCCAUUGCAGAAAACCACACCUUUUAUGCUAAUUGAAGAACAUCUUGAUGGAGUACACGGCUUUCAGCGAGAUGACCUUCGGGCUGCAGAUGACAGGAGGUUUUGCUGCCACAGACAUGGGUGGGGCGGGAUGCCAGUAUGGACAGAAUAGCUUAUGAUGCUUAUCCCCACCCACCACUUCCGAGACAUUGAGCGGAAGCCAGAGUACCUCCAGCCAGAGAAGUGUGUCCCACCUCCCCACCCCGGUCCUGUGGGAACCAUGUGGUUUAUCCGUGACGGCUGUGGCAUUGCCUGCGCCAUUGUCACCUGGUUUCUGGUCCUCUAUGCGGAGUUUGUGGUCCUCUUUGUCAUGCUGAUUCCAUCCCGAGACUACGUGUACAGCAUCGUCAACGGAGUCGUGUUCAACCUGCUGGCCUUCUUGGCCCUGGCGUCCCAUUGCCGGGCCAUGCUGACGGACCCCGGGGCGGUGCCCAAAGGAAAUGCCACUAAAGAAUUCAUCGAGAGCUUACAGCUGAAGCCUGGGCAGGUGGUGUACAAGUGCCCGAAAUGCUGCAGCAUCAAGCCCGACCGAGCCCACCACUGCAGCGUUUGUAAGCGGUGUAUUCGGAAGAUGGACCACCACUGUCCCUGGGUCAAUAACUGUGUCGGCGAGAACAACCAGAAGUACUUCGUCCUGUUUACAAUGUACAUAGCUCUCAUUUCCUUGCAUGCCCUCAUCAUGGUGGGAUUCCACUUUCUGCACUGCUUUGAAGAAGACUGGACAAAUCUGCUGCAAGCCUACGGACUGACCAGGGAAGGGACAGCAGAGGCCCGAAUCUCGCUUCAUGAAAAAAAGCAGCCCCCUAAAGUCAGUUCCACAGAGUGCAGCUCCUUCUCACCACCUACCACAGUGAUCCUCCUCAUCCUGCUGUGCUUUGAGGGGCUGCUCUUUCUCAUUUUCACAUCUGUGAUGUUUGGGACGCAGGUGCACUCCAUCUGCACAGAUGAAACGGGCAUCGAGCGCCUCAAACGAAAGCACCAGCCCAGGGAGCGCAGGGGCAGCUGGAAGUCGGUGAAAGAGACCUUUGGUGGGGACUUCUCCCCGAGCUGGCUCAACCCCUUCUCCGGACCGUGCGACCCAAAGCCUCUCCGUGACAGGGACUGGGUGCAGCAGGCGGCCUCGCUGUCCGACACGGACAACACGGAGACCACGGAGGAGCAGUCGGAGGAGAGGAAGGACGAGGACUCCGUGGAGGUGACAGAUGAGUGACGCCGCCGUGGGGGGAGAGCCAGGCACUGAAAGGCCACUGGCAACCUGGCUGCAGGCGUCGUGGCCCCGGCGUGGCCGUGACGCACCGCCCUGCACCCCUGCCCCCUGCCGCUCCCCGCGGGCCGCUCACGGCCUCUGCCAUCCCCUGUACCCCCUCAUCCUCUCCCCAGGUUGGGCCAGGUCUUGGCGGGGGGACUAGAGCGUGACAGGAGGAUGAGGGACUCUCAGAGGCCAUCCAAGGAGAGUCUGCCCAGAGCGGGAUUGGGUGUCCUUCCGAGACGGGGCAUCCCUGCACCUGGCACAGCCUCGCCAGCAAAGGAAGCUCUGAUCAGGGCAGAAAAGAACUUGCCUUUGGCUUUUCUUGGGAUGUCUGUCUUCUCUUGGGAAGGUUGGGCCCUGGCUCCUGGCUUUUGAGAACGACGGCCAUGAUGUUAGGGUGGAAGGACAGAGCAGGGCUGGCCUUGGGGACCUGGGGUGGGACGCUGACAUCAGGACAGACCAGCCCGGAAAGGUUGCAGGGUCCCGGCUGUUCCCCGGCGAGCCCCCCCUCCACCCCCGAGCUUGUCUAAACCAGGAGAAGGACGCGGCUGCCACAGUGACCUGCGUGGCUCGGGCUUGGUGUGAGCGGGACCCCAAACCGGGCUAGACACACACACGUGCGGGCCGUGCCCAGGUCGGAAACACGGGUCAGGACAGUAACCGUGUCACAACAGAGGUGCCAAAACUCAGUCCCCAUUCCGUUCCACAGACCCUAGAAUCGUCACGGAGGUGGACAGCUUGGGGCCGUCCAGAGGUGGGGAGGGGGAGAGGACCUGUGGAGGUGGGGACUCUCUGGCCUCCCCCUGACAGCUUAAUUCACUUGCCCUCUGGACAGAGUCUCACAUGGGCAUGAACUGCCCAGAAAUCUGUCCGGCCUGUGUUUUAAGCCACUUCUCACGAGAUGGGGACCAUUUUGUCUGAGAGGAUGGGUGGUGGCCAGGGCCUGCAGACCGACGAACCAGGAAGACAGACAGACAGACGGACACACACACAACCAGGAUGAGCCUGGUCGAGGCCCAGGGUUACCUACUCGGAGGGGUCGGUGUUCCCAGAGCCACCCGUCCUAAUCCCAGUGCAGAGCCCUGGGAGGACAUCCCACGAGGAUGGCAGGGAUCUAGAGCCACCAGGCCGCAGGCCUAUCCUCCUGGUCCGUAUCAGCUUUAGUAUU